CACAAAUGGAGUAGAGAAGUGAUUAUCUGCUUACGCAACUUCUUCAAUCACCCACCAUUUCGUUUUCGUCGUGAGCUUCUGUCUCGUUCAUCUACACAAUCUGACUCGGUUGAGAAGAAAUGGCAGGACACAAGGUUGCGCAUGCCACAUUGAAAGGCCCGAGUGUUGUCAAGGAAUUGAUUAUUGGUUUGACGCUUGGUUUAGCUGCUGGUGGUCUCUGGAAGAUGCACCAUUGGAAUGAGCAGAGGAAAACUAGAACUUUCUAUGAUUUGCUUGAGAGAGGUGAGAUCGGUGUUGUCGCCUCUGAAGAGUGAAUGGGAAUGCCUCUCUCUCACUCUCAAUGUUGUUGGCUCGAUUUUUCUGUUUUUAUGGUUUCUUGAGAUCUCAGAUAAGUUACCUAAGAAAGUUGGUUGCUUGAGAAAUAAACAACCACUCAGACAUCAAAAUUGGAUAUUUGUUAACACAUUGUUUUCCGGAGAUACAGUGGUUGAAACUUGAGACAUCUGUCUUGACUUUUCCUUAAACAGUGUGUGAUCAUUUUAUUAUACUUACCAGCUUAUUUUUUCUCAUCUUUUUUGGAUAAAAUACGCAACAGGCACUUGUAUCUUAGAAAACGGCUUGGAUGGCUGCAAAUUUUCAACAUCGU